AUGGAUACUUCUUCAAGUAGCAGCUUUAGCAAUACAAGUACUGUUACUGGCACCGUAAGAACCAACGACAGCAAAGCAAUCUGUGCGUGGCACACAAAAUCGAUUGAAUCCGUCGUAGCAGCUUUUAGUACUUCAGUUUUACAUGGUUUAUCCACAAAAGAAGUCGAGAUCCGUCGAGAGCACUAUGGUUAUAAUGAAUUGUCGGGAGACGGCAAAGUAACUUGGCUUACCAUUCUCUUGCGACAAUUGGCAGACAUUAUGAACUUAAUUUUUAUUGUCCUUGCUGCGGUGACCUACUACUUACAAGACUACGUGACUGGAUCCUUACUUCUGGCACUGGCUAUUGUGAACUUAUACAUGGCGUUCGCACAAGAAUAUGCAGCUGAGCAAACGCUUGCGGCACUAAAGAGCCUGUCCUCCCCGGUUGCCACUGUGAUCCGUAACAGCCAGGAACGAUCCAUACCAAGUCGGGAAAUUGUACCUGGUGACCUGCUGGUUGUUAAGGAAGGUGAUUCUGUUGCAGCCGAUGCUCGAUUGCUGCACGUCUCAAAUCUAGAAUUAGAUGAGGCCUUGCUGACAGGUGAAUCACUGCCUGUGCAAAAACAGCUUGUUGUCAUUGGUGAUCCAGAACAACCGCUUGGUGAUCGAAUCAACAUGAUCUACAGCUCAACCAUCACGACCAAAGGGCGUGGGAAAGCCAUUGUGACCUCGACAGGCAUGGAUACAGAAAUUGGCAAAGUCGCUGCUAAGUUAAAUGAUGCUGGGGAAGGUGACCGCACAAGAUUACAAAAGAGUUUGAAUCGGAUGUAUACCGGUUUGACAGUCCUGGCCGGUGUAUUGGCCUUUAUUGUGAUGGCGUCAGUCAAGUUCAAGGCGAAUUACGAUAUCGGCAUGUACGCAAUGACAGCUGCCCUUUCGGUCUUGCCUGCAGGAUUGACGACAGUAAUGACCGUAACCCUGGUGAUGGGUGGAAAGGAGAUGACCCAACAAAAGGCUGUUGUGCGCAAGCUCAAAUGUCUCGAGACGCUCGGCUCGGUAACAAACAUUUUCUCGGACAAGACGGGCACACUGACAUUGGCCAAGAUGGUGGUCGUGCGUUUUUGGACGCCCAACCAAGGAUUUUUUCACGUGAGCUCGAAUGGAUUAGCACCGGAAGGAGAAGCCUAUCGGAUUAAUGACCCGCUCGAAUCAGAUGAAGCGGCGGUAGAUGAUAGCCAAAAAGUCAACAAGUCAGACCUUGCCGAUGACGUACGACAUCUUGUACAUUGCUCGGCACUCUGUAACGUUUCGAGUAUCUAUCGACGUGUAACAGAAGAUCAGAAUGGUGAAAAAGAUAAAGAAAAGAGUAUCAAUAUUGACAAAGAAGAUUGGGUACCAAAUGGGGCACCAACCGAAGUCGCACUGCAAGUGUUUGCACACAAGUUCGGCAUGGGCAGACCAGAUUUGAAUGAAGCUGGGUGGAUACAGUUAGCGGAGUACCAGUUUGAUUCCACAAUCAAGCGUAUGUCGACACUCUAUACUAACCGCUACACAAACCAAAUAACAUUGUUUAGCAAAGGUGCCGCUGAAUGUAUCUUGCCAAUUUGUGACAACAUCAAAGAUCUGGCAAGCAUUAUGGAAAAGGUGGAUCAGCUAGCAUCCAAGGGCUUACGUGUAAUCGCACUCGCUAGACGCAGCAUGGACGACAUCGCAGCAUCAACGAGCGACGACGAUAUGAUAGUCCAGGAUGACGACAAAGAAGAAAAUUGGAGCAGCCGGCUUAAGCGCGACGACGUUGAAUGCCACUUGGAAUUCCUGGGGUUUACAGGAAUAUAUGACCCACCACGAGCCGAGUCUCGCGAAGCUGUUGCCGCUGCUCAUCGGGCUGGUAUCAUGGUGCAUAUGUUAACCGGUGAUCACCACAUUACAGCAACAGCCAUAGCCAAGGAGAUCAACAUUUUAAGUGACCAAUUGCUCAAGUCAAAACAUAUGAAUCAACUCGUCAUGACCGGUCCACAGUUCGACUCGAUGACCGAUGAGCAAAUCGACGCCCUUCCACGACUACCACUUGUUGUUGCACGCUGCUCGCCUGAAACUAAGGUCAAGAUGAUCCAAGCAUCCCAAAGACGCCAUUUGAUUUCAGCGAUGACAGGUGAUGGUGUCAAUGAUUCUCCUUCUCUUCGUAUUGCUGAUGUUGGUAUCGCCAUGGGCAAAAACGGUAGCGAUGUAGCCAAACAAGCAUCCGAUAUUAUUUUGACCGACGAUAAUUUUGCAACCAUCAUCCGAGCAGUGGCAGAAGGUCGACGGAUCUACCAGAACAUGCAGCGCUUCCUUUUGUACUUUUACAUCAUUCUGAUGUCACUUGCGCUUGUAAUUCUUGCAUGCCUUGCCCUCCGAGAUCCUUCUGGAUUGACAGCAGCGCCAGUGUCCACGAUUCAGAUGAUCUUUAUAUAUGCAGCUGUAACGCCCCCUGCUGGUGCGCUCAGCGUCCAGCCUGCAUCCCCCACUGUCAUGGAAGAACCUCCUCGUCCGCCUCGUGAAAGUAUCGUUAACAAGGAAAUUCUGAUGGAUACAAUUGUGUAUUCUAUUUUGGCUGGUAUGGCUUGUGCCGUAGCAUUCUUUAUACCACUUUAUACUGUCGGUGGCACUGGCGUUCGAGGCGUAGCCUGUGAUUCCAACUAUCAACAAGGACUAUGUGACGCAUUCUACCGUGCGCGCGCAUCGCUCUUGGUAACUUACUUACUAUGCUCCUUGGUAGUCAUGACACACUGUCGUAGCUAUCGGCGACCUGAAUGGGGCCCACGGGGUCUUAAGAUUACCUUUACCUCACGUACGGUAAUCGGCACAUUUUGGUUUGAUAUCAUUUGCCUAAUAAUCUUUUUCUACAUUCCUGAAGUAGCCAUCAAGGGCUUCAGAUUACUCGGCAUUACCUGGGAAUGGGGGCUUUCUAUUGGAUUGACUUCAUUCUUCGUUGUAUCUGGCGAGCUUUAUAAGCUUUUAAAGCGCCAAUUAAUGAAACCCAUGCAAACGCAUUUUGUCGAUGAGUUAUUGACCCUGUGA